UACAGUAGGUCCACAGUGGGACAGGGACGACAGAGUGGGGGGCUUGGGGAAUUGUUACACUGCGGCUGGUUCGUGUGUUGUCCACCAUGUGUGUGCCGUGACCGCGGAUCAGUGUGUCUUUGUGCCUCGAGUGGGUGGUGGAACCGGGUCGCUGCUGCACCGCACCGAGGAGCCUCCGGCUCGGCUCCCUGUGGCCUGAGCCGAGCACACAGAGAGAUGGACGGGGAGGACUUCGUGCCCCCGCCAGAGUGCCCUGUUUUCGAGCCAUCGUGGGAGGAGUUCGAAGACCCCAUGGGCUACAUCGCAAAGAUCAGGCCCAUCGCGGAGAAGUCGGGAAUCUGCAAGAUCCGCCCUCCGCCGGACUGGCAGCCCCCGUUUGCUGUAGAAGUGGACAAUUUUCACUUCACUCCCAGGAUUCAGAGGCUCAAUGAGUUGGAGGCGGAGACCCGUGUAAAGCUGAACUAUCUUGACCGGAUUGCCAAGUUCUGGGAGAUCCAGGGUUCCUCCCUCAAGAUUCCCAACAUUGAGAGGCGGAUUUUGGACCUCUUCGGUCUGUCUAAGAUUGUGGCAGAGGAGGGGGGAUUUGAGACGGUCUGUAAGGAGAGGCGAUGGGCUCGUGUAGCCCAAAAAUUGGGCUACCCCCCUGGGAAGAACAUAGGUUCUCUGCUGCGGUCACACUAUGAGAGGAUAGUCUACCCCUUUGAGGUGUUCCAGGCAGGGGCUAGCCUGCCGCCAUGUAAGCCCAGGCCAUAUGACAGUGAUGACGUGGAUAAGGAAUACAAGCCGCACUCCAUUCCCCUUCGUCAGUCGGUCCAGCCAUCAAAGACCAGCAGCUAUGGGCGCAGAGCCAAUCGCUUACAGAAAGAUCCGGAGCCCACCGAGGAAGACAUAGAGAAAAAUCCUGAGUUGAAAAAGCUGCAAAUCUAUGGGGCAGGGCCCAAGAUGAUGGGCCUAGGGCUGAUGGCUAGGGACAAGGGAGCAAGGAAGAAAGAUGAGCUGCCUCAGACUGUAAUUGUGCGGGAUGGCGUUACAGUCAAAGAGGAACCCAAAGAACAACGAUAUGCAGGAUAUGGAGAGGAGGCCUUCCCUCUACCCCCUACUGACAUCACAGUCAAGGAGGAAAUGGGAAAAAAUGAUGAAGAUUAUGAAAGCAGAAAAGAUGAGCCGUGUACUAAGAUGACCAUGAGACUAAGACGCAACCUAAACAACGCACAGUUUGUAGACUCCUUUGUGUGUCGGAUGUGCGGGCGUGGGGAUGAAGAUGAGAAACUACUGUUGUGUGACGGUUGCGAUGACAACUACCACACCUUCUGCUUACUUCCACCACUUGCUGAGCCACCCAAGGGAGACUGGCGUUGUCCAAAGUGUGUAGCUGAGGAGUGCAAACGGCCAGCAGAGGCCUUCGGCUUCGAGCAAGCCACUCGGGAAUACACACUGCAAAGUUUUGGCGAGAUGGCUGACACUUUCAAGGCUGACUACUUCAAUAUGCCUGUUCAUAUGGUGCCCACGGAGCUGGUGGAGCGUGAAUUCUGGCGGCUGGUGAGCAGUAUUGAGGAGGACGUUACUGUGGAGUAUGGCGCAGAUAUCCAUUCCAAAGAGUUUGGUAGUGGGUUCCCUGUGAACAACGGUAGGAGGGAGCUCACAUUGGAGGAGCAGGAGUACGCCCGCAGUGGCUGGAACUUGAAUGUAAUGCCUGUGUUGGACCAAUCUGUGCUCUGUCACAUCAACGGGGACAUCUCGGGCAUGAAGGUGCCCUGGCUGUACGUCGGCAUGGUUUUCUCUGCCUUCUGCUGGCAUAUCGAGGACCAUUGGAGCUACUCCAUCAACUACCUUCACUGGGGAGAGCCCAAGACGUGGUAUGGGGUCCCUGGCUUUGCGGCAGAGCACUUGGAGGAUGUCAUGAAGAGGCUUACCCCUGAGUUGUUUGAAUUCCAACCUGACCUGCUUCACCAACUGGUCACCAUCAUGAACCCCAACAUCCUCAUGGCCCAUGGGGUGCCGGUGGUACGUACCAACCAGUGUGCAGGGGAGUUUGUUAUCACAUUCCCUCGGGCUUAUCACAGUGGCUUUAACCAGGGAUACAAUUUCGCAGAGGCUGUCAACUUUUGUACAGCAGAUUGGCUGCCUGCGGGGCGCUCCUGUAUAGAACACUACCGACGCUUGCGCAGGUACUGCGUCUUUUCGCACGAAGAACUCGCCUGCAAGAUGGCUGCUUGUCCGGAGAGGCUGGACCUCAAUCUGGCUGCAGCCACUCACAGGGAGAUGUUCAGCAUUGUUCAGGAGGAGAGGCAGCUUCGCAAAGGGCUGCUGGAAAAGGGUAUCACAGAAGCAGAACGAGAAGCAUUUGAACUCCUACCUGAUGAUGAGAGGCAGUGUCAUAAAUGCAAGACCACCUGCUUCCUGUCUGCCUUGGCAUGCACAAACUGCCCUGAGCGCCUGGUCUGUCUGUAUCACACACAGGAUUUGUGCCCCUGCCCCACAGAAAAGCACUACCUCAGGUAUCGAUAUACUCUGGAUGAACUGUUGGCCAUGCUGCAUCGACUUAAGGUCAGAGCCGAGUCCUUUGACUCCUGGGCCACCAGGGUGAAGGAUGCACUGGAGAAGGAGGAAAAGGUCAAGCAAGGUAUGGAGCACCUGGAAGCUCUGAAAGCUGAAGCAACAGAGAGAAAAUUCCCUGACAAUGAGCUGCUUCAGAGACUGAAUGCUGCACUGAGUGAUUUCCAGCACUGCCAGAACAUCAGCACUGAGCUCCUGACCAACUCACACAGCAGGAAGAUGACUAUGGCAGAGCUAAAGACUCUUGUGGAGAAAAUGCACAACUUGCCCUGUGUAUUCACGCCAUUGGAACAGGUGCAGACCUUGCUGCAGUCUGUGGAGCACUUUGACACCCAAGCACAGGCCUUCUUGGAUGGCUGUGAAUGUACCCGGAGUCCACCUUCUCAGGAGCAGGUGCAAGCCUUGCUGGAAGAGGGUGAUGCCCUGGUGGCCGAGGCUCCAGCUAUGAAACUGCUGCGGGGGCUGCAGGAACAGGGUCGCUGGCUGAGUGAGGUGCGACGUACACUAGGUCCCCAGGGUGGGGAAGCCUCUGUCACACUGGGAGUCUUGCGAGGCCUCAUGGAGGCUGGCUGCAGUGUGCCACAGAGCACUGCUGUGGAGACAGCCAUGGCAGAGCUACAGGAGCUGCUCACUAUUGCCGAGCGCUGGGAAGAGAAGGCACAGAUUUGCCUGGAGCACAGUAGGCAGAAGCAUCCUCUCUCCACUCUGGAGGCCAUUGUGAAUGAAGCCACUCAGAUCCCUGUUCAGCUGCCCAACAUCCUCUCUCUCCAGGCCUGCCUGGGGCGUGCUCGUGCUUGGGUAACCGACCUUGAAGAGAUACAGAACGGAGAGCACUACCCCUGUCUGGAUGACCUGGAGGGGUUAGUGGCUGUGGGGAGGGACCUACCUGUGCUCAUGGAUGAGCUGCGACAACUGGAGCUGCAGGUGACUAGUGCCCACUCUUGGAGGGAGAAGGCCAGCAAGACCUUCCUCAAGAAGAACUCCCCGCAUAGCCUGCUAGAGGUGCUAUGUCCCUAUGUAAAUAGGCAGAGAGACAGACGAGUUGGAAAGGAGCUUGGAGCAGAUACGGAGAGUCUGGGCCUCACAGCACAGGACCUGAGGGACCCUGCUGCCAUUGUGUUGGCUUUUAAAGAUGGAGAAAAGCGUGAGAAGGAGGCUAUACAGAGACUCCAAAAGGUCAACUUAACAAAACCAGGUCUUGAAAGUGGUAGUUUUGAGGUGAGAAAGGUGGCCAGAGGCAGGGAGCAGGACAUCUCCAGCACCCCGGAUAGCUCUGUAAAGGACGGAAAGGACAAAGAAAUGGGAGAAACCCGUGGGGCUCCCUUUUUGUCCUUCAUAUGUAUGUGUGGGCAGCCGCCCCGGCUUCCGCUCCUCCGCUGUCACCUCUGCAAAGACUGGUUCCAUGGUGGCUGUGUGCCCUUCCCCUCACUUUCACCCCCUGCCAGCCCCCAUUGCUGGUGGGACUGGAACACGCGAUUCCUGUGCCCAUUGUGCCAGCGGAGCCGGCGCCCACGACUGGAGACAAUUUUGGCGCUGCUUGUGGCAUUGCAGAGGUUGCCUGUGCGGCUACCUGAGGGUGAGGCACUGCAGUGUCUUACAGAGAGGGCCAUCAAUUGGCAGGGCCGUGCCAAGAAGGCACUUGAGAGCCCCGAGCUGAAGAAGGUCUUGGAGACCCUGCAGAAGCUGAAGGAGAGCCUUGGCAAGGAAGAGAAUGGGAUCUCAGACGAUGUCAUUGUACUGUCGGAUUCUGAGGGAAUGGAAGAUGGCGUGAUUGACCUGACUGCAGACAACAGCCCCCAGAAGAUGACCAGCAAGAAAUUACUGGACACCAGGGUGGAGUGUGAAAAUGACCAUGGGAAGAAAAGGAGUGUGAAUGGUGUAAAAGGUGUGAUUGACUUAACAGAAGAUGACAGUUCCCAGAAAAUGAACAAGAAAGGAGUUGACACCACAGCGGUGGAGUGUGAAAAAGGACAUGGCAAGAAAGGGAGUAAAAAUGGUGUCAAAGGGAUUGAGCAUUUGCUUCCUUUGGUUCCCUCUCUGAAGGGUCCUGUAAUAGAACUGUCCCCAGCUGCCCGAGCUCAGCUGGAGGACCUGCAGCUGGAGGGAGACCUGCUGGAGGUCACGCUGGACCAGACGCAAGUUAUCUACCGGCUCCUACAGGCCGCUUCGCAGCCCCCUCACCAUGCACUGCACAGUCUUUUAUUGUUUCGACUGGAGGAGCAGCGUAGCACAGGCCGGAGUGGGAAAGCUAAGGAUUCCAAGAGGAAGAGGAAAAGCCAAAGAGGAGCACCUGGCUCUGAGAGUGUCCCUGCCUGUCACGAUGCCUCUGAGUCAAAGAAGACAUGUCCUUUGCAGCAGGCAUCCCCUCAUACAACGGCACAGACCCACUCAGAGCACUUGUGAAGGGUUCAUGGCAGAAAAUCAACAUACAGAAGGAAAGCAUGGUGCUGUCAACUAGAGACUGAAAUGGAAGCAAGUAAAGAUAGGAUCUACUCAGACCACUCCCUGAUCUGAACCUGUCUAGUCAUCCAUCAGAAAUAUGUCAUCACAUGUGAAUCCAUUAAUCCUUUUAACACUCCCGUCAUGACUCGCUUCCCUUUUGUUUCCUCCAUCACCUGUGUCCUUAUCAGCUGCUUUGAGUGGUGUUUGACUGGUGUUAUGCUGUUCAAGAGGAGAGCUUUUGGUCUUUAGCAGAUUUCCAGGAGCACAGUUCAGAAAUUCAACUUUUAUCUAUUCAGCAUUUAAAGUUGAUCAGUUGCUUGUGUUCAGCGCUUUGUCGCUAAUGCAAGUGUCGGUUUGUGUUGUCUGCAGGGUGUAUUAGAGCACAGCGAAUCUUGCUCACUGAAUUUGUGAAUACUUUUUUUACGUUUGAAAGACAAUACCAACAACAUGUGGCAACAUGCCGUGUUCACACUUGAAGUUUUUGUAUUAGUCUGAGGCUUCAUGAGGGAUUGUACUUUCAAACAAUAAGAAAACACUGAAAGUAAAAGGAUAUGGUUGUACAAGUUCCUUGGUGCUACUUAACUGUCCCAGAACAGGUCUCCUUACAUGUUAAACACAUCUUUCAAUCUGGAUUCCUUUUUCUUUAUCCUUUUACCCUUACACCUUCUGUCCCUCCUGUUUAUUAUCCAUUGAAGUUUAACUCAAUUUCUCUGAGUUUGACUUGGUUUCAUCUGGGUUCAUAGUUUUUAUUUUUUUUUUUUAAAUCAAUAUUAUUGGUAUUGGUAUUAAGCAGACACGCGGAGGUCGUGUGUAUGUAAACCUCAUUCAUUGUUGCCUUUUUGUUUUUCCUUGUUAGAAAUAAAAGUUCAUUAUUGUUUAGGAGCAUCUGACUGCUGUGUGCCUCUCUUCACACUUGUCUUUUCAGAAUGUUAUCCUCAACAUUUAAAGUGCUUAGUAAAUAGAAUCAAAUAAGUCCGUCUUGGUUAUCACUGAGAAUGUAUUGUGAAUGUGUCGUCUUUUGUUAUUAGAAAAUAUCUUAUUUUAGAUUAGUGUAAUUUUCAUACAUUUGUACUUAGAUUUUUUACUAGACCUAUAUAUUUCAGCCACAAAGAGUAGCAGCCUAGAGAACUAGACUGACAGUGGCACUUUUAGGUUAGACUUUGUGGAACAUUGGGAAAGACUGUAUAUGUUGUAUGUACAGACAGUGUGUGUAUAUAUAAAAUAGCCGGUCGUUUUACUCAGUUUGUUGAGGUUUACAUUGGCUCUUCAACUUAGGUACACAAUGGGGACCAGAGGGCUGUUUGUAAUUUGUUUGGUUUGUACCUCCAAAGUCACUUUUACCCUUAAGUCAC